AUGAAGUUCUCUACCUCUGCAUUUGCCCUUGGCCUUGCUAGCCUUACUUCUGCUAUCUCUGUCUCUUACGACACUGGCUACGAUGACGGCAGCCGUUCCUUGACUGCCUUGUCUUGCUCGGACGGCGCAAACGGUCUCAUCACAAGGUUCGGCUGGAACAACCAGGCCAACGUCCCCUCGUUCCCUCGUAUCGGUGGCUACCAGGGUGUUGCGGGCUGGAACUCUCCUCAGUGCGGUACCUGCUACGGCGUCACAUACAAUGGCAAGACCAUCUAUGUCUUGGCUGUCGACCACACCGCCAAUGGUUUCAACCUUGCUAAGGCGGCUAUGGACGACCUGACCAACGGCCAGGCGGCAGCCCUCGGUCGCAUCGAGGCUCAGUACGCGCAGGUAGCCACCAGCAACUGCGGCUUCUAA